AUGGAAUUUUCAAAAGACCCCAUGCCAAGAGAACGUCCUAUCGUUAGACGCUCGCUUAGAAUACAACGACGUGACGAUAAGAGAAAGUGUGAAGAAUUGGAACGAAAGGCUCUUGAAGAAAUAAAAGCUCAAACUCAUGUGCCGAAAAGACUCACAAAACAACCUAUAAGGCGUGCCAGAUCAAGUAGUACCUUAACGCAUUCGUCGUCGAAAAAGAAAAAAGUUUAUCAUGAUCUCGCACAGAUGAGUCCUUCAAGUCGGCUGUUGAGUAUCCCGUUGGAUAUGCUGUUAUAUCUUUUGGAAUUCCUUG